CAAUAGGUUGAAGGAUGGAGGAGAAUUAUAUCUGGUGUUUGCAUCAUCCUUUAUUUCUAAAAGAGAGUAUUGUGAGGGAGGAGAAAGUAGAUUGUUAUGUGUGCGGCAAAAUCAUAGCUCAUUUGGAUAUGACAUAUGUUUGCUUGAAAUGUGAUCCUAACUCUAGUGGUAGCUUCAUCCUCCACAAGAAAUGUGGGGAACUGCGUCCAUAUAUUCGCAUCCUCGAAGAUCAUACUCUUUGCCUGCUUGAUUCCCACUUGUCAAGGGAUGACACUUAGUGUGAUUUUUGUGGUGGCUCUCUUGAUAAGCUGGUUAGAUAUGAAUGUGAGUGUUGCGAUCUCCGGUUCCACACCAGUACAUGUGUUGAUGCCUUUGCGAAGCUGAAGAAAGAGGUGCAGCAUCCGAGUCACCCCCAUCACCCUCUCACACUGAUGAGAAAGCCGGCCUUUCGAUUCAAGUGCGAUGGUUGCAAAGCUCAAGAAGUGGAAAUGGCCUACAUAUGCACCACUUGUGAUUUCUGGGUUCACAAGACGUGCGCUUUGCUGCCGGCCAGACUCUCCACAGAUCACCACCACCACCAACUUUCCUUGGCCUUCUCUUUUCCAGAGAAGCAUCUCAGGUUUGGUUACCCAUGUGAUGUUUGUGGUGACCAUAAUUUCUAUACACAGUGGGUCUAUUAUUGUGGUGAUUGCAGAUUCUUUGCCCAUAUCAAAUGUGCUCCAUCCAUGGUCAAACAACGCUAUAACUUAAUUGGAGAUGAAGGUUCAGGUGCGAUUGAGUUUCCACUAGAUGCAAAUGAGGUAUACAACAAGUUAAUCACUCCCUUUGUGAUGAGAGAAAAGGGUGUUGACAAUAUCCCAAUCCCAAGUGAUUCAUUUAUAUUCAAAUAUCAUGACCAUCCUCUUAGUUUGGUUUUGAAAGAUGAUAAAAGUGAAAGUGAAAGUGAAACCAAGAUAUGUGAUGCAUGUGUAACACUCAUAUUUUCCCCUCCAUACUAUCAAUGCACUUCUUAUCCUUGCACAUAUUUCAUCCACCCCAUUUGCUGCUUCAUACCCAAUACUUUUCAUCCAAACUACCAACUAUAUGGUCACUGUCAUAACUACACACUCUAUGCACUUCCUAAAUCAAAGGCUAGGGAUGCUAUCUCGUAUUGGUGUUGCGAUAAUUGUUAUGUUUACACAAAUGGGAUGGGGUAUAAGUGUGAAGAAUGUGGGAAGAAGAUAGAUGUCCAGCAUCUUUACCAACAAGUAUUAUACAUUCAACUCACCCUUAUUACAAGCCUCUAUUCCUCACUUAGGGUUAUUAUCAUUGCAUUGAUAAUGACUGGAGAUUUAUAGUCCAUGGUUACCAGGUUCUACUGCCUAAGAGUAUAACAGAUCGUGAGUGGGAUAAGCACGCGUUGUUGCUCACCUCUAAUGCCUCUCUAGACCAUCCCUCUGAUUUCUACUGCGAGUUUUGUGAAGUGGAAAUGCAUCCCAAGGAUUUGAUGUAUCACUGUCGCGAAUACGAUGUAUCUUUCCACCUUAGGUGUUUGAAGAAUGCAUCUGGUUGCUACAUAAAUGUGAAACUAGGGAGGAGAUUUGAGAUGCAUGGAAUUCACCCUAAUCACCCUCUCUUUCACUUAUAUCACUCUCAAGAGUCGAUGCGAUGUUUGUCACCGCAAGAAUGUGUAUACAUUUCUCGGAUUUGAAUGCGCUUCAUGCUACUUUGUUGCGUGUGAAGAAUGUGGGGGUAAUGAGUUGGCAAAAAAUUCAGUUUGUUAACUCAACAUUUCAUACAUUUGUAGUAUUUGUUUUUGUUUUUGGGUGUGAUUAUUAGUAUCUCUUAGAGUGGUGAAGAGAUUUUCUUCUUUCAUGUAUGCUUUGUAAUUGAGCUUAAUAUGGAGUGUCAGUGUGAGUUUCAUUUAACACAUGAAUAAUAAAAUUAUUGUUGCUUUGA